AAGUCAGAGGAGAAAGAGAAGGAGGAGGAGAAAUAGGAGGAGGAGAAGGAGGAGGAGUCUGUUUGUUGACAUCGGACGAAAGGGAGAAUCAGAUGAGUGAAGACUAAUGAUUAGAACUUAAUUUCUCGCCGUCAUCAAGACUUGGCGACAGCUAAGGUCCCCUGCACUGCCCUGUCCUCGGUCCGAGCAGGAGGAGAAGAGGCGAACAUGGCGGCCAAAGCAGGAGACAACCCUGACAGCCUCAUGACCCUGGCCACCAUCUUCUGCCUCAGGAACCUGAGGAAGACCAUGUGCUACCAGGGAUUCAGGAGCAAGCUCAGUCUGCGCUCGGACAUCUUCCUUCCCAGCGAAAUCUGCGACAAGCUGGUUAACACAUACAUGGAGUUGGUGCACACAGACAGUAACUUUGAACCAGAGGAGAGCUUCUUUCAGCUAUUCUCGGACCCUCGAAGCACCAGACUGACCAGGGUACAGCUGAGAGAAGACUUUGUGCGCGACAGAGAUCUGGAGGCCAUUAAAAGACAGGACCCGAUUGAGCUGCACCUCACCUACUGCAAUAGUCUGUCGUCCCGCAGCUUGAAAACACUGACCUGCUUCCGGGAGACCUUGGUUUCUCUUUGUCUCUUCGGCUGCAGCCACAUCUUCUACAGGAAGGGCGGCGCCCCGCUCGCCUGCAACGAAGACACUGAGGACGAGGACGAGGAGAGCCCUGCUUCUAGGCAGGCACUCGAGACAGACUUUAGCUUCGAGGGCUUCAACCGCCUCAGGUUGCUCAACUUAGGUGGCCUGCCCGACGAGGUGGAUGCUGAAAGUCUGCUCAGACCCCUGAAGUCGCUCAUCUCACUUGAUCUGUCUAAUGUCCAAUUGCCGGGAACAGCGUUUCUCACCCAGUGGAAAGAUAGACUGGCAUCCCUUGUGCUCUACAACGUCAACCUGUCCGAGGAGUUGAUCAGUACAGUGGUGGAGCUUUCUAACCUCAGGCAUCUGGACGUCUCGUGGGAGACCAGGCGAACCUCUAAGUUUAAGAUGAGCAGGAAAGUCCUGACGGCCAUCGUGCAGCGUCUGGUCAAUCUGGUGUCGCUGGACGUCUCUGGUCACAUUAUGUCGGACAACUGCACGGUUCCACACUUUGAAGAAGCGAUGGGUCGGCCAAGCAUCGAGCCUUGCAAGAGCAGCAUCUAUCCUUUCCAGGAGCUGAAAAGGCCGCUGCAGUUUCUGGGCUUGUACGACACCACCCUCUGUAAUGUGACACACAUCCCUGCUCAUAAGGUGACCGGAUCAAAGAACGAAGACCAGGUCCUGAAUGCCAUCGAGGCUUACACAGAGUUUCGCCCCGAGCUGGCCCACAGAGCCAUCAAUCAGCUGUUUGACAUCGCCAGGAUACAGCACUGCAGCCAACUGCUCCGAGCUUUGCAACUCGUCAUAGCUGCGUUAAAGUGCCAUAAAUAUGAUAAGAGCAUCCAGGUGACGGGCAGCGCUGCUCUGUUCUACCUGACCAACACCGAGUACCGCAGUGACCAGAGUGUGCGGUUGCGCAGAGAGGUCAUUCAGGUGCUCCUAAACGGAAUGGAGCAGUACCAGGAGGUCACCGUCCAGAGGAACUGCUGCUUGACUCUGUGUAACUUCAGCAUUCCAGAGGAGCUGGAGUUCCAGUACAGUCGGGUCAACCAGCUGCUGCUGAAAAUCCUGGAGCCGGGCCGGCAGGAUGAGUCCAUCCAGAGAAUCGCUGUGCACCUCUGCAAUGCUUUGGUCUGUCAGGUGGCCAACCAUCAAAAGGAGGCGGUGGGGAAAAUGGGCUUUGUCAAGAGAAUGUUGAAUUUAAUUCAGAAGAAGUUACAGGACAGAUUGUGUGACCAGGUGAUGGAGUUUGCCUGGAGCGCUUUGUGGAACAUCACUGAUGAGACACCCGACAACUGUCAGAUGUUCCUGAACUGUCGGGGCAUGAGUCUUUUUCUGGAGUGUCUACAGGAGUUUCCAGACAAGCAGGAGCUUCACCGUAACAUGUUGGGGCUGUUAGGAAAUGUUGCAGAGGUGAGAGCGCUGAGGCCACAGCUGCUCACCCCCCAGUUCAUCUCUGUGUUCAGUAACCUGCUGGACAGUAAGGCUGACGGGAUCGAGGUGUCCUACAAUGCAUGUGGGGUGCUGUCACACAUUAUGUUUGAUGGGCCGGAGGUUUGGUCCAUGGAAGAGCCGCUAAGAGACACAGUGAUGGACAAGAUGUGGGACGCCAUCCAGAGCUGGGACGUCACCUCACGGCGCAACAUCAACUACAGGUCAUUCGAGCCGAUCCUGCGGCUGCUGCCUCAGAGCAUCGCUCCUGUCAGUCAGCACUGGGCCACAUGGGCUCUCUUCAACCUGGUGUCAGUUUACCCGAGCAAGUAUUGUCCUCUUCUGAUAAAGGAAGGAGGAGUAAUUCUUCUAGAGAAAGUUCUGGAGCUGGACAGCUCAAAGCCAGAGACAAAGGACAUGGCCAGCAAAGUGAUGGAACAGUGUGAAAACUUCAAAAAAGACCCCAUGGACACCAGCAAUGGACAGGAGGUCAACCUUGGACAACGAGGUUGACAUCAUAGGAGCCAUUACUCCCAGCAAACCGACCUAAGGCCCCGUGCACUGUCAUCACCGCCACAAUGGGCAAUUGUGCGCACUAUUCUUAUCAUUGUCAUUAUUUUUGUAGAGCAGAAAUGUGUCUGCCGUUCAGACGCACAGUGUGUGUGCGAGUGUGAGUGACAGAUGCCGUCAGAGGGCUCAGGUCUCAUUCACUAAGCUGUUGACGCCGUGAAUAACACCAGUGGUGACAGGAGGGAGUUUGUCCCUGACUGGCACCAUCAUUUGUUUUUGUUAUAUAUGUAAAUAUUCUUCGUUUGUCUCUUCCUUUUACUGUGUGUAUGUUUUAUAAUAUAGCCAAACACUCAUGACUUUACUCUAUGUUUAGGUUUGAAUGACACAUGGUCAGUACUAAGAAACUAUAUCAUUCAUGUGUAGGCUGUCCGUCCUGGAUUCUCUGGUCUCUAAAGGAUUAUUUAGAUUUGGUUGCUACUUGCGUCUGUUUUUAAUGAUCUAGGAUUUUAAGCUGAUUAUCGGUUGAUAACUCAAAGCACCCACAGUGGCUCCACGUGAUACGAGCAAAACUAUGCAGGGUCCUUUGCACACGGCUAGGUUCAUAAAGAGGAGCCUGAGCUCGUCCACUGGGAUGGAGCGCAUGCUGCAACCAGGAGAGCCCCCACUAAACUCACAUAUGGUAGCUGCACAAAUGUAGUAUUACACCUUUUUGGUGCCCAAGUCGGUGUUCACUACCAGCUGACCCGACCGAAUGAAUCUGGUAAUAUUGGGUGACUGCGUUGUCCUCACGGUAACACUUUGCUGUUUAUUCCAGUAAUGUUGAAUCAGACUUGAUGAAGUAGAUUUAUAAAUGGUAAGGACAUAGAACAGUAAAGUUUAACGCUUAUUGCAUCUUGUGAAGGAAGCAGUUCUUCUGAACUACGCACCUUUUACUGGUUGCUGGACAUCUAGACGUUCAAUAAAUGAAAUCACGAAUGCGUACAGUUAGGCUGGUGUCUGUUUGAGCGCCUCUUCUGCUAAAUGUUAAAGAGCCAACACUACCCCCACUUCACUGGGACGGCGUCUUUAUACUUCCAUAAAGCCUGACGUUGUUCACGAAGUUUGCUGUUGUGACCUCCAAGACGUUUUUUGAGUUUUCUUGCAAACUGUUUCUCACCAAAACCAACAACUAGUGGUUCAAACUCCUCAGUCUGCCUUUAACUAACUGGUUGAUUCAAUGGCAUUUCUCACAAAUGGCUCUGAGAUCCUUUACAGGACUUAAGAAUGAGGACAUUCUUCUGCAAAGGGCAUUCGCAUUAAAUAUCCAACUUAGCUGUCAAAAGGCAGCGUCUUGAAUUUCUACAUUUUUAUCUAAGAGACUGGAUUACCUGUCGUCUAUAACAAUGUUCAGUGAGGCAUGGCUGAUACACUGUAAUGUGUGUUGUAUCAAGAACAAAUCGUGCAUUGUAUUUUAUUCUAGAAGUACGACACACGAGCGUGUUCCAUGCAAUGUGGGAUAUAUUAUUGUGUCCAACCACCAGUCCACAUCCCAAAGAUUUAAACAAAUGAAACUGAGUAGAUAAGCACCAAUUCUUUAUCACUUCUAUUAAAAGAGAAGUGAUUUUGUCCUGCAUGUCAUUUAUCAAAGGAGUUCUUGAGUUCAGUGUGUUUGCACCUUUUGUCUACCGAGUGCCGAUGCUGAUCUCGGAUUGUCAGGACUGUAACGUUGCUGUAAGAGCACAUUAAGCUCCAUCGGAUCUCCUAAUCCCACGGCGUUGGUUUAGAUGGGCCGGGUCCGGGCCGCUGCACCCAGGCUCCCCAGUGCGUUGCUCCAGCUGGUUCCCAGUACCAGCCCCUGUGCUGUGAUGGUUGCUGAGUUAUUUCACUUGUGUUGGUUGUAUCCACUGACUUCAUUUCCCUGAUUCUCAUGUACAGUUUUUCUUUGUGUGAUUUUUGGAGUCAAACUGGUACAGCUCUAUUUCUAUUGCUAAGUAGUGGUGUGAGAUGAACAUCUUUCUUUUUGGAUUUCAAAUGUGUUGACAUGAAGAGGAUUUACAAUUCAACAAAAUAUAGUGAGUUUGUAGUUUAUAAAUCACCAGUGUUUGUUUAAUUACCAUAAUAGAAGUGUGAACUUCUCUGUAGGGAAGCUAGAUGACCAUUUGGAAAUUGUAAUCCUCCAUCACACCUUUCUAAGUUCUUCAAUUUCUCCGUUUUGGCUUUACAGGAAGAAAUAUGUAUCCGAGUCUAGAGCUGAAAAUGUAACCCCAUGGAUUUCAGUGAUGACAAGAAGCUACUGUAGAGGGAUGAUUGUCAUUUAUGAAGACGUGUCUAAAUUAAGAAACCUAGUUGAAGUGAAAAACUGCUGCGUUUCAGAUUUCAUCUACUUAAUUCCUGUUUCUGAAGGUCGUCGACACUCGUUACUGAUUUGUUUUGUGACUGUUGUGUAAUCCAAAAUCGAGUGUUGAGUAUUUGAUCAAACAUGAGAGGGGAUUCCAGCUUUUCCUGCUCUGAAUUGCACCAGGCCAUUAGUGAAUCUAUAUGAAUAAGCAAUAAAGGUGGAGUGGUAAAGAAUGAAA